CAACCACUGUCUCCCGCCGCUCAUGUCUGCACCAAUCGCAUUGCUGUCGGUCUACGACAAGGCCAACUUGCUCGAGUUCGCGAGCUCGCUGCAUGAAGCAGGAGUUCGCCUCCUGGGGUCUGGAGGCACCGCAAAGAAAAUUAGGGAGGCAGGCAUCCCUAUCGAGGAUGUCUCGGAUAUCACGAAAGCUCCGGAGAUGCUAGGCGGUCGAGUGAAGACGCUCCAUCCCGCCGUCCACGGCGGUAUUCUCGCGCGUUACAUCCCUUCUGAUGAGGCCGAUCUCAAGGCCCAAUCUAUCUCCCCGAUCUCCAUCGUCGUCUGCAAUCUAUACCCGUUCACCUCCACCAUCGCCCAGCCGGGUUGCACUCUCGCCGACGCGGUCGAGGAGAUCGAUAUUGGCGGCGUGACCCUCCUCCGUGCGGCCGCGAAGAACCACGCCCGCGUGUCCGUGCUCUCGGACCCCACCGACUAUGUCGAGUUCAUGGAGGCAUGGCGCGUCAGCAAGGGCGACGUCGGACAGGCACUGCGGAGCAAGCUCGCACUCAAGGCGUUCGAGAUGACAGCGAAGUACGACGAUGCGAUCAGCGGAUACUUCCGCGAGCAGUACGCGUCAGCGGAUUUGCUCCCGGAGAAGCUGGCCGGACCUGUGCAGCGGAUUGCGCUUCGCUACGGCGCGAACCCGCACCAAACGCCUGCUCAAGCAUAUGUUACUGAGGGAGAGCUGCCAAUCAAGGCACUCUGUGGUUCUCCCGGUUACAUCAACCUGCUGGACGCGCUCAACUCUUAUGCACUUGUGAAGGAACUGCAAGAGGCCUUAGGCCUUCCAGCUGCAGCAUCCUUCAAGCACGUAUCACCUGCUGGUGCGGCUGUUGGCAUCGAGCUCGAUGAGACAGAAAAGAAGGUCUACGGUGUGGACGACCUCAAGGAGCCGUUGACACCAGUGGCAUCUGCAUACGCCCGUGCUCGAGGCGCGGAUCGCAUGUCCUCUUUCGGAGACUUCAUCGCGCUCUCUACGCCUUGCGAUCUUGCAACCGCUCGCAUCAUCUCUCGUGAGGUCUCAGACGGGAUUAUCGCACCUGGAUACUCCCCUGAGGCAUUAGGGGUGCUCUCCAAAAAGAAGGGCGGCAAGUACUGCGUCCUGCAGAUGGAUCCCUCAUACAAACCUGCCUUGAUGGAGACGCGCCAGGUGUAUGGCAUCUACAUGCAGCAAAGGCGCAACGACGCCAAGAUUGAUGCGAAGCUCUUUGAGAAUAUCGUUUCAAAGAACAAAUCGCUUCCCAAUCAGGCCCUCACCAACCUCAUCGUAGCCACGCUCGCGCUCAAGUACACCCAGUCCAACAGCGUCGCAUAUGCCUACCGAGGCGCUAUCAUUGGCAUUGGCGCCGGUCAACAGUCCCGCAUCCACUGUACGCGACUCGCUGGUACCAAGGCGGACCUCUGGUGGCUCCGGCACCACCCGCGCGUGCUUGCGCUCCCGUUCAAGAAGGGCGUGAAGCGCGCGGAGAAGGCGAACGCAAUCGACCUGUUUGUCGGCGGUGAGGUGCUCGAGGGCGGCGAGAAGGCGCAAUGGGAGAGCCUGUUUGAGGAGGUGCCUAAGCAGCUGACGGCGGAGGAGCGCGCGAGCCAUGCGAAGCUUCUGGAUGGUGUGGCAUGCUCGAGCGACGCAUUCUUCCCCUUCCCGGACAACGUGUACCGCGCAAGGAGGAGCGGUGUGAGGUACUUGGCUGCCCCGAGCGGAAGUGUGAUGGAUGCUGAGUGCAUCAAGGCUGCUGAUGAACAUGAUAUGGUGUUCGCGCACACGAGCCUGCGCUUGUUCCAUCACUGAUUGUGAACAGUGGUUGUCGGCGAGGAUAUAUUGGGCGGGGAACAAAAUGCAGCCGAAAGCAGGGCCUCCUUGUAUCUAAAAAAUAAGCUUCUGGAGAGAAUAGUUGGCUCAUCUCCCACAUAUGCCGGACUGCGUUUGUUGACGACAGGGCAUCGGCGGCCAUUUCGUAUCAGUAUCUCCCGACCUUGAGCUGAUGAGCAACUAGCGAUGGAGACUCGAUUGAUAGAACAACCGGGCGAGGAUCUUGAUAUCGUACACAGUGCCGCUACUCCGGGGCAUAUUCUACUACCCCAUCUUCGAGGAGCACACC